CAGGCUGCCCAGAGAGGUGGUGAAGUCAUCAAUUCUGAAGGUGCUCAAGAAAUGUUUAGAUAUUGUACUGACAGACAUGAUUUAGAGAGAAAUACAGGUGAUAGGUGGACAGCUAGACUGGAUGAUCUUGGAAGUCUUUUCCAACCUUAGUGGUUCUAUCAUUCUAUUGUAUGAUUAAGCCUUUGCUUUGCUUCUUCAGCUGUGUAUGUUCUGGUGUGUACUAUAGCAAGAGUCACUGAGUCACUGGUAUGGGACAGCUGCUUACAGGGACUGACAAACACGGUGAUAAAACAGCUCCAUGGGGCUGUCAAGACAGCAUUAAAAACAGCCUCUAGAUUUGGGGAAAAAGAUAAAAACCAGAAUACAUUUUAACUCUAGUCAUGUGACUUGUGAGUCGUUUUCACAGGAGCUAUGAAAGGAAAUGCAUCGUAGAGGCAAGAACAGUUUUUGGCAUACACUCUCAAUCUCAAGAGACGAGAUGCUCCUAUAUCUUAUACUUCACAUAUAAUUUAAAAGAAAAAGUUCUGGUGUCAAAGAAGUUAGGCAUGAGAACUUAAGGUGACAGAUGACAUUAUACACAAAAGGAAAGAGCAACUGCAGGGAAACUGAGAUGCUUACAUAUAUCUUUGCCCACAUUAGUACAAGUGGACAAAUUUGUCUUUGAAUUCUGACACAGAAUUCAAACACGCAGCUUUAGGCGCCCAUGCAUGAUUCAACAGUAUCUACUGAUAAAUAUAAUUGCCUUUCCCAAAGCAAAAACCAGCAAAAUUCCCACUCCUAAAAUUCACAACUCAGGUCUCCUGUUCCCCAUUCUGAGGAAUCAGCAAGACAACCUGUUUAGCUCAAUUAACAAGGCUAAACGCUACAAGAAUAGUAAGAAAUAAGUAAGUUUAUUGGACUCUCAAUCUGCUUUGGAUUAUACGGCUUUAGAUAAGAACAAAAUGUUAUUCAUCUUAUAUUCUGAUCAAGACAGGGAAUAAAUAACAUUUUAUUCAAUCUGAGUAUCAACUGAGAAAGAAAAUUAGAUUUUUCUGCUUCAGGUUUCCAAGAUUUCAAGUUGGGCUAUUUUUGUAGACAAGAACUACCUGCUCUACAGCAGUAUGACACUCUUGAUCUAGAUUAAACACACCGUAUUUCUGCAAAAUUAGCCAUUCUUACACUUGAACAGUCAAAGUAAAAUUGCAAGUAUCAUACAACUCUAGUCAGGAGUCAGGUUUCCAACUGUGAAAUGAAAUUUCAUGAAGCAGCUGAGUACAUGCAUUCCAAAAAUCUUCACCCCUACCCCUAUGUGUAGUCUAACAAUUCCCUUAUAUUGAAUUGUCAUUUACAUAAUGGACUGUUUUAAAGGAGAGAGUGUGAUGCCAGCAACAAGCUGCUGAAACUGACAAGUUGUUCAGAAAAGCUUUGCAUAAGUCUCAAGACACAGAAUAAGACAAAUAAGAGACAUAAUAAAGGAUAACUUUUCAAGCAAUAGAAACUUGUCAUGAUAUUUUACAAAUACGUCAAGCAUCUGAUAAAAUUUAGAGCCAAAGAGGACUAAACAUAACAGAAAGUCCAUCUGAGUUGAAUUCUAGGGUGUAUUCCUACAGAUACUUCAGAGGAUUGUCCUUUACAUUUUGGAAACGAAUAUUAAGUUGAUUUUAAAAAUUAGAAUAUCGGUUCAAGUGAAGUUCUGAAUAUGGAUUUUGGAACUCCUAGUUCUACAGACUUCAUGCAAGAUACUGCACACAAUCUCAGUACCUAACACUUGGACAUUAGAAUUUUCAUACAGUCAUAAAUGCUCAGGCUCCAAUUUCCACUUACAGCUAAAUUCACAAUCCACUGGCUCACAGACUUGAUUAGGAGAGCUGACUGGCUUCCAAACUGGGAAAAGAGAGGCAGACACUGACUAGAACCAUAACACUACUUUUACAUAUAAUCAUGCAAUCAUACAAUCAAAAGAAGGGCUAGGGAGAAUCUCCAUCCCUUGAUGGAUGGUGAGGCCAACACAGUGACCAAGCAACCAGGCAGGAUAAAACUGAGGUACUUAAUGCCUUCUUUGCCUCAGUCUUUAAUAGUAAGACCAGUUAUUCUUUGGGCACACAGCCACUUGCACUGGUAGAUAGGGAUGGAAACCAAAUAGGCCCUGCAUAAUCCAUGAUCAGGUGGUUUAGAACCUACUCCGAAAACUGAACAAUCACAAGUCCAUGGCGCCAGAUGGAUUGCAUCCUGGAGUGCUGAAGGAGUUGGCAGAUGUGGUUGCCAGGCCACUCUCCAUCAUCUUUCAACAGUCUUAGCUUAUCGAGAUUGUCCCAGUGGACUGGAAAAUGGCAAGUAUGAUGCCCACCUUCAAAAAGGGCCGGAAAAAUGAUCCUGGUAGCUACAGUUUGGUGCCAAGGAAGCUCAUGGAACAGAUAACUCAGCAGUCAUCAUGGAUCAAUGAAAGGUCUACCAGGGGAUCAGGCCAAGUCAGCACGGGUUUACGAAUGGUAGAUCCUGCUUGACAAACAGGAUUUCAUUCUGCGACAAGGUGACCCGCUUAGUGGAUGAAGGUAAGGCUGUCAAUGUGGUCUACCUGGACUUCAGUAAAGCCUUUGACACUGCCCCCCACAACAUUAUCGUGGAGAAGCUGACCGCCCACGGUUUGGAUGAGCAUACACUCCGCUGGGUGAAACACUGGCUGGAUGGCAGGGCCCAAAGAGUUGUGGUCAGUGGACUUAAAUCCAGUUGGCAUUUGGUCACAAGCAGUGUCCCCCAGGGGUUGGUACUGGGACCGCUUCUAUUAAACAUUAUUAUAACCUAUCUUGAUGAGGGGAUUGAGUGCACCCUCAGUAAGUCUGCAGAUGACACCAAGUUGGGAGGGAGUGUUGAUCUGCCUGAUGGGAAAAAGACACUACAGAGGAACCUGGAUCGAGUGUAUCGAUGGGCUAAGGUUAACUGUAUGAGUUUCAAUAGGGUCAAGUGUUUGGUCCUGCAUUUUGAUCACAACAUCAGGGAACCCUACAGGCUUGGAGAAGAGUGACAGGAAAGCUGCCUGAUGGAAGGAGAGGAAGUGGCCUCAGAUUGUGCCAGGGUAGGGUUUUUGUCUUGUCAGUGGGGACAUCUCAACUGCCAUUAGUUUUCAGUUCUGAUAGCAAGUGCCUUAUAACUCCAUCUUCAAAUUCCUCAAGGACUCUGAAAUGAAUCUCGUCACAUCCCAGGGAUGUGUCCCAGACUCCUUGGGUGGCCUCAGACUUUAUCUUCUUUUAUGAUGUGAGGAGCUUGGUUCCCUCAGUGACAGCCAAUGAAAGUGAAAGCCACCUCAGGGUGAGGGAUGAGGCCAAGUCACUGUGCUGAGAGCCCCGGCAGUACCCUGAGAGACUCCUAAGCCACAGGAGAGUGUCUGAUGUCACUUCUCGUGAUUUGAUAGGUGUCUCAACCAGUCCUGGAAACGGGACAAGAGAAGCCUCCAAAAGUCCAGGUACUGGGGCCUAUAGGUAAGGACAUGUACAAGUUUAGGGGGGACCUUUUCUCUCCACACCCAGAGGGAAUAGACUGGUAGGUCAGAUGCUGGAUCCAGGACUGGUGAUCUCUCUCCACGCCUCCCACAGCCCUUUCUCUCUUUCACUCUUUCCUCCUAGAGUUGCUAAAGCAAGGUUUCCCAACAGUUAAGUAAUUCAAGGCUUAAUUUGAUUUCCCAUAAAAAUUAGGUAGAUAUACUGGUGAGAGGGCCAAGGCCUCCAGGAUAGUUGUUCUAUACACAUUUCCCAUUCAUGAUAAUGUUUAUGCAUGGACCAUCACUGUUAUUUCACAUCAAGCCAUCCCAAAGGAAUUCAGGAAUCUUACCUGCACCCAGUCCCUACAGGUGGGAUGCAGCACUUAGAAAGAAAGAUAUUCCCAAACUGAGAAUGGAAAGUAUUCCUGGAAAGCAUCAGGAGAGUGCUGACAGAAGAGCAAUGAGGGAACAUUUGAAACAGAAUUCCUGAAGCAAAAAGAGGAGAAUGCCAAACCCAAUUUCUACCUAACACAUUAGUGAAAAAUCCACAAUUUACUACUGACGAAACAGAGGAAAUGCAGGAACAAUUAGAGUUGGUUUAAUCAGAGAAAAAGAAAGGCCUGUGCAUUCAUGUCAAAUGUCAAGCAUAAAAGGUUGACAGGAAUGAAGGGGAAGGUACAGCAAAUCAGGAACAGGAAAAGGAGGUAAUAUCUUAAACAGGGGUGGGUGCUGUGGGGGCGGACAGCCCAUUGUGAUGUCCCCAAGCAACAGGCUGUGACAUCACCAGGUGACGAUUGUGACAGCUGUGCCCUCACUGCUCAUAGUGGGGUGCCGGCAGAGCCUGGCUCAGUCUGGCUCGUUCCUGGACCGUGCUGAGCAGCUCUGCGAGGCUUGGAGGUCGAGCAAAUUCUUGGCUGUGCUGUGCUGGGUCGUGCCCCGCAGCAUCGCUUCUGUUUCCCUGGCCCUGCCUAGUGCAGGCAGCCGGGACCCUACUGAGCGCACCCGCAGCAGCGGAGGGCGAGACACCACCGCCGCAGCUGCGUUGAAGGAGAACAACUCGUCAUCCUCGGUUCUCCCAGUGCCUGCAGCGAGAAGAUCAUGGCUGCAGAAGAGGCAUGGAUGUGUCCUGUCUGCCGCGAGGUGCGGCAGGACAUGGCCUGCGCAAUUCCAUGCCAUCACAGUUUCUGCUUUGGCUGCAUCCAGCGGUGGGCGAGGCUGAGGGACAGCUGCCCGCUGUGCAGGAUGGCCAUGGAGACCAUCCGGGUCUCCGUGCGGGGAGACAAUCAGUACGUGGAUUGCGUCGUCUCCCCGCCUGCAGUACCGGUGCCCGUCGGCUUCGGCACCACCACUGCUACUGGCCCUGACAGCGAUGAGGACCUUCUUCCACCCCUUCCACCAUCACCCCCUGAGCCCGUGGCCGAAGAGCUGGAGUGGAUUGGCGGCCUCCUGCUGGAGGAAUGGGCGACACUUUUCACUGAGAGACAAGACAUCCUCAACCCGGUGAUGCCCUGGCUGGAGCAGGAAUUACGCCGCAAUGGGGAACUGCGUUGGUGGAAGAUCAAAUGGAUAAAGAGCAUUAUCCUGGCAUUCCUGUGCCAGGUGGGGCCAGACAGGGACAUCCUAGUGCGGUCCAUAAUGGACAUCACGGGACCCAUCACCGUACCACUCAUCGAUGGCCUCAUCACAACCAUUGAGAGCCAGUGUGGCCAGGCGGCCCGGAGGCUGCUGGGCCUCGAAGAUCCUAGAGCUGCCCAGCCGCAGGAGGACGGCCCCGCGACCCCGUCCGGUCCUGCCGCCUCCCCGCAAGAUACCGUCGCUCCCAGCGCCGUGCCCUCCGGCAGCUCCGCGGGUCCCGACACAGAGGAGCUCCCCGGCACGUCCAGCGGGGCCCUCGGCACAGGUCCCGGCGAGGAGCCGACACCCGAGGCAGCCGGUCCCUCUGCCCAGCGCCGCAGCCGCGGCCCCUCCGCUCACGGCCGGGGCAGGAAGCGCUCGGCUGGGGGGCGCCGGCGCCCCACCAAGAGGAGGGCCGGCAGCGCCCAGCGCGAUCCUCCGCCCUGCAAGAGGCGGCGCUCCCGGCGCCUACAGAGGCGCUGUCACAGAGUUAACUAGAUCUAUCUAUGCCCCUGACAGGGGCAAUAGGCCCGUGGGCACCCCCUCGGCCGUACAAAAUGGGAAGAAAAAGGAUAAAGGGACAGGGAGAUGCCAGCUAGACUCAAGAGAGGAAAAGAAAACAGUGGCAACGAUCUAAUGCAGGAAAACUUACUUUACUAACUGUGAUAUCAGAAUGCGAGACAACACAAUAUAAUACAAUCUAAUUGAAAUUGAGAUUAAUAAAUCAAAAUAAAAAAUAGUUCCUGAGAACGAGUCAAACUUGAAAGGCUUGGUACGGCUAGGAAAACACCCUCCAACACCCCCUGCAAGGCAGUAAUUGACCGCCCAACCAGGAAGGGCCAGAUCCCAUGAUUUCUGCCUUGAAUUGGAGCAUUAACACUUUAACUCCCAGUGCACUACAUGAUAUUACGAUGUGGAAUACUGAAAACCAAAAAUCACAAAACCAUGACAGCAGCUUAGAUACAUUUCCAGUAAAAGAUUAAAAUGCAGAAGCAUGUGUUCCCAGUGUCCGUCUCUCCAGACGGUUUGCCCUUCAUGCCCACACCCAACACUGUGCCACACGCGAGCCAAGUGCUCUCAGCACCGCUGUGGAUGUGCCACCAUUAAAUCCUUCUCCUGGUCCCUGUGCAGGGUGUCAGCUGCAGAGCCACUGCAAGCGGGAUCCUCUGAAGGGAGGGCGAAGGCAGACAAAAUACCAGCAGGUAGAGCUAUUUUCAAUAGCUGCCUAUCUAUGCACUAUCAGGCAGAACACCUGUUAGUUCCCAGUUCAUGUGGCUUGCUUAACUGCAGCACGUUUCACAAGCUCUCAUCUCUAGAUCUGUAUCUGUGAUGGGCUCAGCAGGCCCAUUGGCCCAACCACCCAAAAAGAAGGGGAAAGGCAGAGAGGAAAUAAAAGGAAACGAGGAAAAAGAACAGUAGCCAUGAUAUGAAGAGGAAAACAAACAUUGUUCACUAAUUAUAAUAGUGAAAAUGUGGGUUACUUGGGAUUGAAACUAAAACAUCAAGUAUAUGAGAGAGUUUCUGAAGACCGAGGUUUUUACUCUGAUCUGCCAGGGAGCAAAGAGAACAAUGCUUCUGACUUCCAGUGAGUUCCAUCCCUCACGCCAACCAGAAAACUGGAUCUGUGGGCCAAGGUAAACUGUAUGAGUCUCAAUAUGGCCAAGUAUCAGGUCCUGCAUUCUGGUCACAACAGCCCCAGGCAACCCUACAGGCUUGGGGAGGAGUGGCUGGAAAGCUGCCUGAUGGAAAGGAACCUUGGUGGACUGAUGGACAACCGGCUGAAUGUGAGCCAGCAGUGUGCCAAAGGUGGCCAAGAAGGCCAAUGGCAUCCUGGCUUGUAUCAGGAAUGCUGGUGAACAGGACUAAGGAAGUCAUCCUGCUCCUGUACUUGGCAUUGGUGAGGCCUCACCUCGAGUACUGUGUUCAGUUUGGGGCAGUUUCAGUACAGAAAGGACAUUGAGGCGCUGGAGCAAGUUCAAAGAAGGACAAGAAGGCUUAUGAAGGGCUUGGAGAAUAUGCCAUACAAGGAGAGACUGAAGGAACUGGGGCUGUUCAGUCUGGGAAAA